CCUCGAUCCAAACCCUCCGCCAUAUUCUCUUCACCUUAUCGCAUACUCUGCGGGGAAAACCCUUCCAAGUAGCAAAUUUGCAGUUAAUUGAUUCCAGGAAUCAGACACCAAAAAUGCAGAUUCGGGUGAAAUGCAGCUGCGGAGAAAGCUGCGCAGAAUGGGCAAUUGUGGAGCUUCAAGGCGUUAUUGAAGCCCAACCCGCCGUAAUGGAUCAUCUUCAAAACCUCGAAAUUGGCGUCCUCUGUCGCCCUUCUGCUCAGGAAGUUUAUACAUUUACAGUUGGGUAUCAUGAGCUCACAGGGAACAAAGUGGCCUUGAAGAAACCUAUGCUAGUAUUGAAGAAAGUGAAGCAUUCCAAGGAGGGCGGUAUUGGCAUGAACGCACCUAGAGUGGAAUUGGAUGUGGUUGGGAUUAUUCGCCAAAGGAUUCUCUUCAAAACCAGACCAAAGGCACUUAUUUCCAAACCCCAAUCUUCUGUGAAGGAAAAGCUCAUUGCAACAAAUUCAUCAAAAUGAAUGGUAGUGAGAAAACCUGUGGAUUUGGUGAUUGUAUAAAGAUCUUGCUUCAAAAGCAGCUUGCCAGGUGAAGAAAAACAGAAUCCCAGCCAGCCUAACUAUAGUUGGAUAGCCAGUUUAGCUUGAUAUGCUCAGUGAUUUCUUCUGCAAGUUUGUAUCUUGAGUCUUGACUGAAUUAAUAGCCAGCAACUGCAGAAGAUCUCUCUCUUUCCUUUUGGAUGUGGCGCCAUUUGUUAAAUUAGAGUAAUAUUAUGUGUAUUUUUACUAUUUACUCCAUUUUUAAUCCUUAUUGUUGUGAUCUCAGUAAGUUUUCUUUUCUUUUUCUUCUUCCAAUAAAAUUUGACUGUGCACAAACUCA